CGCGCCCCUAGGUUCCCACAGCAAUGGCGCGUGCGUCCCACACGUUGCGCUUCCGGGUUCGCAGCGCCGUUGCCAGGCAACCCCCGGGUGUUCGUUCAGGGGUCAGCGCUGGGCUCCAGGAGCCUCCCGUGCCAGGAUACAAGGCUGGGUCCCCUGACAUGACUAGUCUGCAGCCCGUGAGCCGAGAAUAACAUGUAUCCAGUGUUAGCCACAGAGCUGAAGCAGAAUUUCAAAGAUCCUUAUGAUGCCUUUAUGAACCACCAUCUUCAAUAUUAUGGAUACUUCAAAGCUCAGGGUGAUGGUUUGCCAAAUGCUACUAAACAUCAGGAUACUUGGGAGAGGCAUCCUCAAUACCUGUUCAAGGGGAAUAUCCGGAAGAGAAGCGAUUUGAAUCAGGAUACUUUGCAAGAGGAGAAGCUAAUAUGGAACUCAUGUGCCUCCCCCACCACUGGGCUUGUGUCCCAAAUGGAGACAACCAAUACCUGGUUCUUCAAAUCUGGAUCAUCUUCAUUUUCUCAAGACAGUUCCCUUUUGUUGGAUACCCCACUUUUUAAGAGCAACCAACUGCUCUUUGAUGAGUUUGGUGAAGGAAACCCGCGCCUUCGAGAACCGCGAAAUCUCUUUGCUUUCUUUUCCAACGAUGGGUUUCUGCAGGCUCCGCGAUGGCCCAUAGAGUGUGAAGUCAUCAAGGAAAACGUUCACCAUAUUGAAUGGGUCCCACCCAAGCCUGAGUAUUUCUACCAACCUACAGGAAAUGAGAAGGUGCCAGAAAUUGUGGGAGAGGGAAAAGGCACAGUGGUCUAUCACAUUGAAACAGCCCCUGCAGGUUCCUAUUUCACCAGCUCACGAGUGGGAGGCAAGCGAGGACUGAUCAAACAACUUUCCGUCAAUUUACAAGGACCAGAAGAUGAUACUCUGCUGUUUGAGUCGAGGUUUGAGAGUGGGAAUUUGCAGAAAGCCGUCAGAGUAGACACCUAUGAGUAUGAACUCACUCUGCGAACUGAUCUCUACACCAACAAGCACACACAGUGGUUUUAUUUCCGAGUCCAGAACACCAGAAAAGAAAUCACGUAUCGCUUCACCAUCGUCAACCUGCUAAAGCCCAAGAGCCUUUACACCAUUGGGAUGAAGCCUCUCUUGUACUCCGAGGUGGAUGCCCGCACCCAGAGCAUCGGCUGGAGGCGAGCGGGAGAGGAGAUCAAGUACUACAAGAAAGGUGCGGAGGAGGGGCAUCCCACCUUCUAUUGCCUCACAUGGACAGUUCGGUUUCCACAUGACCAGGACACCUGCUACUUUGCUCACUUCUACCCUUACACGUACACAGAUCUGCAGUACUACUUGCUGACAGUGGCCAACAAUCCCAUCCAGUCUCAGUUCUGCAAGCUCAGAACUCUGUGCAGAAGCCUUGCGGGCAAUACUGUCUAUCUGCUUACCAUCACCAACCCAUCCAAGAACUCGGAAAUAGCUGCCGCCAAGAAAGCGGUCAUUCUGAGCGCCAGAGUCCACCCUGGGGAGAGCAAUGGCUCCUGGAUGAUGAAGGGAUUCCUAGACUUCAUCCUCGGAGACUCCCCCGAUGCCCAUCUCCUCAGAGACAUCUUCAUCUUUAAGGUGGUUCCCAUGCUCAAUCCCGAUGGCGUGAUUGUGGGCAAUUACCGCUGCUCGUUGGCAGGCAGGGACCUGAAUAGACAUUACAAGACCAUUCUGAAAGAGUCUUUCCCUUGUAUUUGGCACACCAGGAAUAUGAUCAAGAGAGUCCUUGAAGAGCGGGAGGUCCUGCUCUACUGUGAUUUCCAUGGGCACAGUCGCAAAAACAACAUCUUCCUGUACGGCUGUAACAGCACCAACCGCAAGCAGUGGCUUCAUGAGCGAGUCUUCCCUUUAAUGCUGAGCAAAAACGCCCCAGACAAGUUCUCCUUCCGGAGCUGUAAUUUUAAAGUCCACAAAUGCAAAGAAGGGACUGGACGGGUUGUGAUGUGGCGUAUGGGAAUCCUGAACAGCUACACUAUGGAGUCAACCUUUGGAGGGUCAACAUUAGGGAAGAAAAGGGAUACUCAUUUUAACACUGAGGACCUGAAAUCCCUCGGUUAUCAUGUCUGUGACACACUCCUUGAUUUCUGCGAUCCUGACCGCACCAAGUUCAUGAAGUGUUUAACAGAGCUUAAAGAGGAAAUCUAUAAGAAAUUCUCAGAACUUGGACAGGAAAUGGACUUGGAUGGCAAUUGGAGUGACAUCUCCUUGUCUGACAUCGAAUCUAGCACAAGUGGUUCAGACAGCUCCCUCUCAGAUGGGCUUCCUGUUCAUUUACUGGAUAUGGCAGAUAAGCUUGAACAGAAGAAGAAACCAAAGAAGAAAAAGAAACCACUGGAGACCAGAAAGCAAAGAAAUGAGAUGCAUCAGAAAAACAAGUUGCUUCAGGAGUUUAAGUUAACAGAAGACAGCCAAGAAAAAACAGAAUUUACCACCAUGCUGAAAAAACAGCCCGUCUUUUUCAAAGGUCCAGAGACUCGGGGGAAAAAUGAGAACUUAAAGUUUAAUGAGGAUGAUAAAAACCACAGCACUUCCCUCCAGCGCUGCGUGGAAAGGUCAGAUGUUGGGAGGCCCAGUAAAUUAUGCAUGGUGCAAACUUUAAAGGACUCUGUGAAUGCCAGCAACACCUCAGUGGACCGACGAGCUACAGAAUGGAGCAAGAAGCCAGGUUUUAAAAUCCCAGACCCUCGGAGGAAGGGCCCAAGCAGCAGUCACGAGGUAACUUCAGCAGUGUACCCAUGGAAGGAAAAGAUGUGCAGGUACCAAAACUGUCUGUUAAUGCAGCAAGACCUCACCCACCAUCAGCCUUUACUCAUCACCUCGGUACCUCCAGAACGAAACAAGACUCCUAUAGUGAUUAAACAGUAUCCACCUCCACUCUACCUACAGCUGAGCCAAGAGGGCUGUGAGAAACAGGCCGCUUUACGUAGUCUGAUUCAGCAAGGCAAGUGGAUACCAUCACAAGGUUCAUCUACUAUAACAUCCAGGAAGCCUUUAUCUUCCAGUAACAGAGAUGGAAAACCAGGCUCAUGGAGCACCUGGGUCCUGGAGUUUAAGAAUAUAACAACAAACCCAGCCUCCAUGCUACUUCCACUGAAAGGGUUACAACACAGGCUUGGGGACAAGAGACACUUUUUAUCCAGAUGACUGCCUUAGUUACACCAUGGAGAUUUGUCCUUUUCCUGGAGAUUGACGCUACACAUCCAUGGUUGGGAUUGUGUGCCAUCCAAAGGCUCUCAGUAAUAAGUGAUUCAUCCCUUUUCCAGUAGCUUAUCCCUUCUGUCCAGUUGUAUGAUGUCGUAUUGCUCAGUCCACUAGUCACCAGUAAUGCCCAACAGUUGGCUGUUUCAUAUGGUCAGCUCAAUAAUUAAGGCAUUAUCAGUGGGUUGAUUGAUAUUGGCCAGGUUCUUACCACUCUCAGCUGGCUACUGGAACCACCCUCCUUGCCCCUCCCCUCCCUGCCCUACCCCCAUUCAUCUUCAUUUUAAGAAUCCAAGCAGGGAAUAGUCAGUAGCAGCAUUCCUUUCUGUGCUCUGUUUAGCACUCUCACACUUAGCCACAGGACUUUAGGAACAGUUAAAAAGUAGAUCCUGACAAGAAGGUGAGCACUGACUUGAACACAUUUUUUCAAUUGGCCAAUGUGAAUUUCACAUUAUGAAAACCUGAUUUGUGCACCACGUAGGGCUCUUCCUUAGCAGAGGUCAUUUUUGUUUCUGUCCUAAUCUUAUCUGGGGACUUUAGAAAUCUGCUGAAAUGUUCCCAUCAGGCAGGAUCUCUUGAGAAACAUGGAUACUUCGUAUGAGACUGCAUAGUCCAAUGGAAAGAGCAGUGAAUUUGCACUUAGGGGAUCUGGGCUCUGAUAAUACUCUACUACUUUACCUCAUUGGGUCACAAUUUAUUAAUCUAGAAAAUGAGGGGGUUGGGCUAGGUCAAUUCUAAGACUCCUUCUAGUUCUAAAUGUUCUGAUAAAAUUGUGUCCAGGUGACAAAGACAGUUAACACGCCCAAAUCAGGUUAGCCUUUGAGGUUUCCAAGAGCAGUCUGUGAACUAGGAAAGGAGGAAAAGGGAAGCCUUAUAUGGCCUUAAAAAUACUUGUGGCUGCAAGUAUGAAGGUUAGCUUUUGCUCGUCAAUCAAGAUAAAGCCCUCCCCAUCCUCACCCCUACCCCCACCCCCCUGAAAGGCAGCUUUGGAAGGGGCCUCGUAUUAUAUGGGAGAUGGGGCAGCUACAGUGGCAAUGAGGAAUGAGGCUGAAGGACAAUUAUUUGUGCCUUUCUAUCAGGUCCCUGUGCUGGAUUCCAAAAGUAACUUCUAUGUCCACGAUGCUGGGUAAAACUUUCUCUCUGACCCCUAAGAUCCCUCAGAAUCCUGUAAAAAGGGAAAGAGAAAAAAAUGGAAACUUCUGCAAGGCCUAGCCUAAGAGAC